AUGCAGGACAAGAAGGGAGGCGGUCGCAGCGCGGGUGGGGUGCGUCUCACAAAGCAGGACGAGAAGCUGCUGGAUGAGCGCAUCAACGCCAACACGCUGGUGUACUCAAAGCGGUCGUUAGUGGCGGUUGCCUUCAUGGCGGCGUUCCAGCCCGUGUACCUGUCACACGCGGUGAAUGGGCUGGAUUGGUUUGUGCCUGCGAACCUGCUCCUCUACGUUGCUGUGAUGCUCUUCACUGUCUACAUGCUCACGCAGGCGUACAUGACGAUGGUGGAGAGCGAGUUCUGGCGCCGCCAGCGUCACUACAACGAGGUGCGGGAGUGCGACGGGAAGCUGCUGCAGAAGCUGCGGCUGCAGGUAGCGGUGGGCUACACUCUCUUCUUCGUCAACAGCGUCUUCUCCAUCGUCUGCACGGUGCUGCAUAUCUACAUCUUCCGCCAAUCGGACCCGCGCGCCAGUUUCAUCAUGUCGCCCACAGUAACUGCGGCGCUGCUGUGGCUAAUCGCGCAGAAGAACGAGGAGAGCCGCCGCCGCAUCAUGGCCCAGCACAAGUAG